AUGCGUUCGAUAGAACAUAUUAUUUCAACUGAUUGCCCUUACUAUGAAAAAGAAAAUUAUUACAUACAACAAACAGAAAAAGAUUUUCAACGCAUAAGCAAACUUGGUGGAGGUACGUACGGAGAUGUAUUUCUUGUUCGUCAUCAAAUAACCGGUAAAUUAUAUGCACUUAAACAAAUUCGAGAUGAACAUGAAGCGAAUGGAAUACCCGCGACAGCCAUGCGUGAAGCAGCUAUACUAAAGCAACUUAAUCAUCCAAAUAUAGUUAAAUUACAUGAUGUUUUUUUAACUGAUGAACGAUGUUAUUUUUUACUUGAAUAUAUGAAUGAAGAUUUAAAACGUUAUUUAGAUCGAAAUCGACCAUUAGAACGAAAAAUAAUUAAAAGUUUUACGCAUCAAUUAUUAGAAGCAAUAUUUUAUUGUCAUAGACAUCGUAUUAUUCAUCGAGAUAUAAAACCACAUAAUAUUUUAGUUAAUAAUGAAGGACGAGUUAAAAUGUGUGAUUUCGGUCUUGCGCGUGCUUUCACUAUUCCAAUGAAGAUUUAUACACAUGAAAUUGUUACAUUAUGGUAUCGUGCACCUGAAAUUUUACUUGGAUCAUUAAACUAUGGAACACCUGUUGAUAUGUGGGCCAUAGGUUGUAUAUUUGGUGAAAUGUAUCAAGGUUGGCCUUUAUUUCAUGGUGAUUCGGAGAUUGAUCAAAUCUUUCAAAUAUUUAAAUUACUGGGUACACCGAGUGAGGAUAAUUGGCCAAAUAUAUUCUUAUUACCACAAUUUAAAUCAUCUUUUCCAAAAUUUAAAAUGCAAGAAACUAAAUUAAGAGAAAUUAUGGAUAAUGAUGAAAUAGCCUAUGAUUUACUUAAAAAAUUAUUAACAUGUGACCCAACAAUACGUGGUGCAGCUCGAUUCGCUAUACGACAUGAGUAUUUUAAUGAACAUGAUUCAAAGAAAGGAUUACUACCGAUAACAAAUACAAAAUCUAAUCGAAUUCAAUAUGAUGAAAAUAAUAAUAUUAUUGAAAAUACCGAUAAAUAA